GGCUCGUCACCCCGGUCUCUCACAGGCGGAGUUCCGUCUUCCCCUUUCACAGUGCUGCUUCAGCCCACACUGACCUGAACUGUCACAGCGAAACAACCGGGCCGGAGCCGCAGUCCACCGCGCUUCCCGUUCAGGAACACCUUUGCAUCCCGACAACAACAACAGUAGCAGCGAGCACACUACCGCAGAAUGGCGCUGGACAUGGCUGACUCACAGUACCUCCUCAUCCUGGCACCGACGCUGGUCAUCGCUCUCAUGUUUCUCUUUUUCUGGCUCUUCAUGAAAGAGACUUCUUAUGAUGAGGUUCUGGCCCGCCAGAAACGAGACAUGAAACUGCCUCCUGCCAAGCCUGAUGUUCGUAAAAAGAAUGAAAAGAAGAAGAACAAGAAGAAGGAGAGCAGCGGAGGUGGCACGGGUGGAGGAGGUGGAGGUGGUGAAUCAGAGGAAGACCUGAGGGAUUUCGAUACAUCUGAUGCUACUAGCCCCACCUCAAAUGAUGAGGAUUCGGAGGCACUACCCGUGAGUCCACCUGCUGCUCCGGUCCAGGCAGAACCUCCGUCCGGGAUAAGAGAGAGAAAAAAGAAAGAAAAGAAGCCUAAAUCUUCUCCGACUGCUGCCCCAGCUGUUGUCCCAGUGGUUGUACCUAUAACACGUACCACCCCAACUACUACUCCUGCUUUAGAAGAACCAGAAGUUAAUGGUUCCAAAUCCGCUGUCCGUAAAGAGCAACCCAUCCUUCUGACCAAGCAGUCCAGCCCACCGAAACCUAAGGCAUCACCCCCUGCCCCCUCUGAGACCACCAGCAAAAAGAAGGCCAAGAAGCAGAAGAGUGAGGCUGAAGAGCAUGCACCCGAGGUCAAGCCUGAUCCGUCACCUCCUGUGGUGAAGAAGGAAGAGCCUGUAAUCACAGAGGUGAAGACACAAGAUGGAGCCGCCCCUGUUUCCACCGCGGCUCCACCAACUGCCUCUAGCAGCAGUGGCCGUCGGAAGAAGAAGCAGAAGGUGGAAGCUGCUGUCACAGUGGAUGAGGCUCAUGUUCAGUCCUCUGCUCUGGUCAUUCAGAUAGGCUCCGCCGCACCAACAAACCACCAGAACAACCAAAACAAUGACACUCCGCCUCCUGUUCCAGCGCCUGCCAAGCAUGGCAAGAAACAGAAGAGUGAAACCAAUAAAGAGAACUCUGAGGUGAAACUUAAGGAGCUUCUGGCCAGUAUUGGUGGACUCGUGCUGUCAGAUUCAGAUGUGGUCAGUCUUGUUUCACUGCUUCGAGAAAAGAGUCCCAAUGCUCUGGACAACUGGUAUAAGUCUACGGCUAAAUUUGAGCCUACCCCCCAGCAGCUGGCAGAGAAAGAUCGUCUCCUGAACACAUUACAGGAGGAGGCGUCCAUCGCCAAGGGCAAAGUCAAACAGUUAAGCCAGGAGCUGCAGGCUGAGAAGCAGAAGACGGGCCGCGUGGAGUCUGUGCUGCAUGAACAUCGUGUUGCCAGAGAUAAGGACAUCAUGCAGGCUAAAGCUCAGAGCUACCAGGAGAUGCAGAUUAAGUUUCAGCAGAUAAGAGAACAGCUGGAUGGUCAGAUCGCUCGACUGCAGCAGGAAAAUGGUAUUCUGAGAGAUGCAGUGGAGAGAUGCUCUACCACCAAUCAGAUGGAGACUAAGCAGUCAUCUGAGCUGAAUAAACUUCGUUCGGAAUACAACAGCCUCAUGAAAGAGCUAGCAGAGACCAAAAACAAGCUUCAGCAGGAAGAGUUGCAGCGGAAGGGUCUAGAAGUGAACUACAAGCAGAAUGUGUCCCAGCUGGAGGAUGCCAAACAUCGUUGGGAAGAUCUGCAGAACUAUUUGCACAGUGUAAAUGCAGAGAGAGAGAAGAUUCAAUCAGAGCUGCAGAAUCAGAUAAUGGUAGCGGAGAGCGAGAUGGCCAGUAAGAACAAGGAGAUCCAGAGUCUCCACAGCAGCCUGAAGGACACGCUGAUGUUCAAGGAUCAGGAGCAGCAGAAGGUGUUGCAGCUAGAACAGCAGGUUCGGCAGCUGUUAGAGGCCUCGCAGCGCUCCAUGCAGCCUGAUGACCAGCUGCAGGAGAAAGUCCAGGAUCUUCUAAAUGAAAACAAAACGCUCAAGGUUCAGAUUGAUAAUCUUCAGACUCAACUCAACACUCAGGCUACGACAGUAUCACAUUUUGAGGAGCUCCAAAAACUCCUGGCUGAGAAAGAGCUGCAGAGGAAGAGUCUAGAAGAUUCCCUCAAUGCCGAGAGGAGCAGCGGCGCCAGCAGGGAGACCAACAUGCAGGCCAUGCACAAUGAGAACCACACACUGAAGGCCGAGCUCCAGAAUCUGCAGGCACAGAUUUCUGAGAAGGUUGUAUCUGUGGAUCAACUUCAGCAGAGUCUUCAAAAACGAGAUGAGAAGACUAGAACGGUUGAGAACUUGCUGGAGACUAGCCUCAUUCAGGUGGCCAAUAAGGAAGAUGAAUUAAAGGUGGUAAGAAAUGAGUGUGAAGGUUUGAAACAGCAGCUGGAAGCAGUACAGAAACAGACAACAGAACAGACGGUGUCAGAAAAGGCAUUAGAAGAGCUACAGCUAAAGAUUCAAGAGAAAGAUGAACAAAUCAAAUCGGUCGAGGGAAGUUUGCAGUUAGCAGUGAACAAAGAGUCCGAAAGAAAGAAGGUAGUAGAGGAUCUACAGCAGCAGGUGGAGGUUUUAACCGCUGAACUUGCCCAUCUGAAAACUCAGGAGUCAAACUCAGACUUGAGCGCUAAACUCCAGGAACUUCAUGCUCAGUUAACAGCCAAAGAUCAGGAUGUUGAAAGACUCCAGAGAGAAUUGGAGAAAGAAAUGCAACCGAAGCAGCAAACUGUUUCAGCAGCUCCCAGUCAGGAAUUAUUAACAGCGCUGGCGGAGAAGGAUAAGCGGUUAUCUGAUGUUCAGGAAGAGCUGCUUGAGUUGAGGGAAUCUGUGGAGCUUCAUCGAAAGAAGAACAAUGAGCUACGGGAGAAAAACUGGAGCGCUAUGGAGGCGCUGUCAGCCACCGAGACCAUACUUCAGGGAAAACUCACCAAGAGCGCCAAGGAGCAUCAGACUGUGCUGGAGUCAGUGGAGGCAGAAUGCAGAGCGUUGCUGCACAGACUCCUGCCGCACAUACCGCUGCCCAGUGACCAGAACCACCAGCAGUGGGUGCAGAAGUUCGAGGCGUCUGUGAGAGAAAGCUCGUCUGGGGAGGCGUCCUCUGGAGAUGCUCAGGCUUUAGCAGAAAAGUUGAAGGAGGCUGAGGAGGCCCAGAAGGUUCUACAGAAAGAUUGCGAGACGUACAAGAAAGUGUUGGCGGAGACGGAAGGGAUCCUGCAGAGGCUACAGAGCAGUGUGGAGCAUGAAGAGACACGCUGGAGGGAAAAGCUGGACCUCUCACAGGCUGAGCUCAAAGAGAUGACUCAGAGGGCAAUUGCACUGGAUCAGGAAGUGGACAGACUGACCUCAGAUGCAGAUGUGGAGAGUCUAAGGAGAGACAAGCAGCAGCUGGAGUCUGAGCUGGAGCGAGCGGAGCGUGAGAGUGCCACCUACGUCUCGGAAGUGAGAGAGCUCAAAGAUCUGUUGACCGAGUUGCAAAGCAAACUAGACGGCUCAUACACUGAGGCCGUGAGACAGAAUGAGGAGUUGAAUUUGCUAAAGACUCAGCUGACAGAGACGUUGUGUAAGCUGGAGACGGAGGAGAGCGAGCGACAGAAAGUGGCUGGAGAUCUUUAUAAGGCCCAGCAGUCCCUGGAAUUGAUUCAGGAAGAAAUUGUAAAACAAGCCGGCCAAGCAGACCUGAUAGAGACCAGCGGACUCACACAGAUGGAGGAGAUUGACCGUAAGGAGAAGAUGACUGCAGGGUUGAAUCAGACAGUACAGGAACUUCAGGAACUACUUCAGUCUGUUAAUAGACAGCUUACCAAGGGACAUGAAAGGGAUGAUGGGGAUAAAUUAUACUCCAACUAUAAACUGUAAUGAAAAACACGACAGUGCGCUCUGAUAAAGCCACAAGACUUCAUACCAGAAAAAACAUCAGAUUUCAGCCCUGUUUACUACACCUGCUCAACCAGCUGGUCUCCAGUUAAACCAGUCCAGACACACUCCAAACCUGCUGUCCAACCCUGACUAUAAAAGCGUGAACUCAGUGAAUCCGGAUCCUUCCUCGUGGCAUUCCUCCUUUUCAGUAGACAAAGGCAUCCGCUAGACGACACGGUUAGACUCGCUCCUGUUUCGUUCCACGCUUUUUCAGUCCCGAUACUUUGAAUACUACUGCUUUUUGUUCUGUUAGCUCUCUUUGACCAGAGAGGUUUUUAUCCUUUCGUAUAAAGAACAUUGAGGAUAUUUGUGUUGUUUUAAAUGAUAAUAAUAUAACUGUUAGGAUCUACUGACGCUCACUUAUGCGUUUUCAGCUCUUGCUUUGAAACCCUAAACUCAGAGGCACAUGCCAGAGAUCCGUUUAAACCAAUAAAUGCUUUUCCUGACUAAUGAUGCCGAAUUUAGUGACUGUUUUCCUGGGGGAUGUUUGUGAUAUGCGGGUUGAGUCUACGCUAAAUGCCAUAGCAAGCAAUUGUUUCAAAUGCUGCUCAGACAAAGGCAUCCUCCUCGUCUGUUUUCAUCACAAUCUAUAUUCAUGCUAAUUUCAUUAACACUGUUAUUAUUUUUUUUUUUUGUAAAACAGGAGACCGGUAAUAAAAGGGAUGCUUGAUUAAAAGCA